GGGGCGUGUUUGUGUGAAGUGCAUCUAGAGGACGAGGAGAAAACACUCCACUGUCGGAGCAUUGAAGUGUUGCAGCACUCGGCUGGAAGUUCCUCGGAGAAAAGCCACGGCACAUACAUCCCGGGGUACAAUCUGGCACGUACUAGAUUAAUAACCAUGAAGUUAUUAUGGUCUGUCGGUGUACUUCUGUUGAGCUGUUGGCGAGCCAACGCGGCCACAGCUGGUUUCAUCAAGUCUCCCCUCUCCGUCACGAAGCUGGUUGACGACAGCGCCGAGCUGCAUUGUGAGGUGAUAGGGAGCCCCAUCCCUGAGGUGCAGUGGUGGUUCAUUGAGGGCCAGGAGCCUAACGAAACCGUCACACAGCUCUUUGACGGCGCACGGGAUGACCGCGUGCAGAUAAAUGCCACAUAUAUAUCACACGCCACCAGUACCAUACACCUCACGGGCCUCGCCCUCGACGACUCGGGCACCUAUGAGUGCCGCGCCUCCAACGAUCCCGACCGCAAUGAGCUGAGGAAGACACCAAAAAUCAAGUGGAUCCGCUCGCAAGCAAACAUUAUUGUGAUUGAAACCCCAACUAUCAUCGCCGACCCCAUUGAGGUCAACAACCAGACCUCAGCCACCCUCAGCUGCAAUUUGACCGACACCACUCUCGUCGUCAAGGGCUCACACUGGACCCACAACGGAAAAAUCAUCGAGAAGUCCGAGUCCACAGCCCCUGAUCACCACACAGUCCUCCAUUUGGACAAGAUCACUCACAGCUCUGGUGGAAAAUAUGAAUGUGUCUUCCUGAGUGACCCAGUGGUGCAGCAGACAAUUGAAGUCAAAACCAUCCCCCACGUUGCAGCCUACAAGCACUCUGAGCAUGGCAAUGAGCGGGACAAAGGUGUAAUGGUGUGUGUGAGCCACAGCUACCCACUGCCCACUGACUGGAACUGGUACAAGGAGCAAGAUGGCAUCCAAAUGCCCAUUAUCAACGGCACUAACGACAAGUAUGAGAUCAAGAGCACUCCCAACAAGACCACCCUGACCAUCAGUGACCUGAGCAUCGAGGAUGACGUCGGUGAUUACACCUGCGCCGGUACCAGCGUUAUUGGCACCAGCACCGAUAAGAUUCACCUGCGUGUGCGCAGCCGCCUUGCUGCUCUCUGGCCUUUCCUUGGCAUCGUGGCGGAAGUCAUCAUCCUGGUCACCAUCAUCCUCAUCUACGAGAAGAGGAGAAAGCCCGAUGAGAUUACUGACGAUGACGACUCAGGCUCGGCUCCUCUGAAGAGCAACUCUACUGCCAACCACAAAGACAAGAACGUGAGGCAAAGGAAUUCCAACUAGAUGUUGAAGAGAUGGAACAUCCACACGGCGGCACUCUUGUCCAAGCUGUGGCGCGGCACAUUUGUCCCGUGCACCCUGCAAUGUCAAAUAACCUUUUUUUGUGCUCGAGUGUUAAUGUUCUUAAGGCAACGGCUGCUUUCCUCUUGUUCAGAUUUUUUCCCCCCCUUCUACUACUAACCUUCACCAUGUUGUGCAGCCUGAGAGUUUAGUGUGUGAAAUAUGUCCUUGCUUGAAAGCCACAGGGCCCAAUAUUGCAUGACUUUCAUUGCCGUCCGAGUGUGAUGUUUAAAACAAAAAGUGAGGAAUGCAUUAGUGGUUAGGUUUAUGUUCUUGUUUCCAGAACUAGAGCUGUCUUUUUCCAUCCUUGUGAACCACCACCACCGCCAUUCUUAGGGCAUCACACUUUGAUUGAAAAACUUCACAAACUCCUCAAAGCAGAGUUUUAGACUUUGCCAUAACAAACACCAUUUCUCUAGUCAUAUUUAAAGACUUAUUUUGCUUGCUUUUCUGUUGCCAUGGGAAAAAAAAUCUUGUUAAUAUUUUAGACUCAUACAUUGUACACUAUUUAGUAAAAAAAAUAUUACGAGGACCAACUUAGCAGGACAACAAAAAUGUAAGGCACUACAUCUCACUAUUGUAUAAGGAGGGGAGGGGGGCUUAAGGGCGGACUCACUAAAAAAAUGUAAAGAAUUUUGCCUGAGUUGUGUGUUGUGAUUGGAUGUUGCUGUUAACGCCAUUAAAGAGUUUAGCCAGAUUUGUGUGAGUUGUACUUCCUGAGAAUAUGUUGUUCAACCUGCACAAACUGAAUAAAAGGUGUAUGAUUUUACACAA